AUGGCUUCCCAGAGCAAUUCGAGGUAUGAGCUCUGCCAAGUUGAUCUGAGAAUCAGUACUCAUACCCGCAAGGCCAUCGUUCGUGAUCUUUGGGCCCUGAGGCUACAGGACUUUACUCUUCGCAUCAAUGCAACGAUAGAUGACGAAGACGAUUCAGAUCGAGAGCUCUUCAGCUCUCAGCCCGAGACGGACAGUUCUGACGACCUUGGAUUCAAAUCCCAUUCAGGACGAUAUCUCACGUGGCCACGACUGCUGGAUUCCCUUGGUCUCUGCUAUCUGGCAGCGGUAUUGAUGCGUUUGCCUGUAUCUGUGAGCGACUUUCAUCGCUUGGUCAUUCGUCAAGAUGUUCCAUACAUCAGGGUUGCGAGGUUGAUCCCUUUCGAGAUGAGGGAUAAACUUCCUCCUGAGCUGCUGGCAAGGCUCGAAGUGCAUCAAUUGCCUCGGCUAGAAAGCUUGCACCGCGCCUUUGUAGAUCUUGCUUUGCAGUAUCGAAAACGAUUCGAAAUCACAGUCCCGCCCUUGAAUGCACCUAUUUUACUUUACCGCCAUCUGAGAAGAUUGGCGCUUCCAAUCGAUGUAUAUGAAAUGGUUCAAUUCUUGAAAAGCGUUGUUGGUUUCAACUUUGCUUUCGAUAGUGGGGGUUCGAGUGCAAAGCUCAAACGCGCACUUGAUCUUCCAGAACUGCAAAUCAUGACCCUUAUUGUGAUUGCCACAAAAUUGCUGUUUCCGUUUGACGAUCUAGCCAGAGUUCCUGCCACGGCCAAGGAGCCAGCGACGCAGGCUAUGGAUUGGGCUGUUUGGGCUCGCGUCCAAGCUCACUUUACUAGCCGCGAACAAUCUCACGGGACGAUUACCAAGGAAGAGGCCAUCCGCCUAACCGAAAAGGAUGUGCUGAAUAUGAUGCCCCGUCAGCUCGACGAGUAUAUGGAUUGGUAUGAAAGCAACUGGCUGGAUCCUUUCAGGGUCACGAAUCCCGUGGCAGACAUGUUUCCAACCGCUCGCACAGCGAAGGGUCCUGAUCUUCCACAGGAUGUGCAACCAUCUGGGCCGUUGGCGGACACUGGUCCGCAAGAAGCCUUGUACUCGCUCCUUCAAACAGUGAUGCAAGGACUGAAAAUGAAUGAGCCAAACCCCGAUCUGGACGAGAACGACCGCCGACCAGGAUCAUGGUACUGGCGGUAUCGGUGGGAGGCGCAACUUCCCGAGACGGCUAAGCAGUUCUACGAACUGGCCGCUCAACUAGCUGCUGUAUCACUCUCAACACUUCUGCGCGCUGUGAGCGUCACUGAGUACAGAAUUGUAAAAACCGUCGAAGACAAAAGACGAGCGGACUAUUUCAGCCAAGCACUGGAACUGGACAUGGACGGUCAUGGGGAUGAUGAGAGCAUCGAUGGCAUGGACAAUUUGGAUGAGCAGCUGACCGGAUUGGUGGUCUAA